CAGAUAGUAAAUAAAAGUAAAAUGGUCGAUUGAUGCAUAGAUGCUAAUAAAAAUUAUUUAUUUUUUAAUAAAGCUAUGUUGUAGUAAUUUUAUUUUUAUAUAGUGUUAGUCUAAAAAAUGUCGGUAGAAAUCUGGAAUCUUGAGAAGGAUUUGUGUCGGUGCUGUCACGCCGAAGGUUCCUUCGAUAACUUGGCCGAGCCUAAAAAAUACUUACAAAGUGAAGAGAUAUAUUCUGAUAUGUUAAAGAAUUGUUUUAAUAUCGAGAUAGUCCCAGUUCCGGGCGAGAUGUGUGCCAUGACAUACAAAAUAUGUGAAGGAUGUAUAUCCAGGCUGAGGUAUGCGGUGAGCUUUAAGAAGCAAGUUCAAGACUGCGAGGAGAAGUUCUUGGAGCUUUACUACAAGAAUGCUAUUAGAGUUUUAAACAAGCACGAGAGCACAAAGUUUAUGCAACCCACCAUUGUGAAAGAGGAAGUUCCUGAGCCUUUCUUGAUAGAUUUCAAAGAAGAAGCCUUCCCGCACAUAGACAAGGACACAGAUGAUGAAGACUACCAUAUAAAGGAAGAUGACGAGGAUGAACUAACAGACGAAGAAACGACCAUCGCAACACAACAGAAGCACAAAACGAAAGGAAAGUUAAAAGACAAACCGAAACUGAAACGCGGCCGGCCGAGGAAGAUUAAGGAUGAAACGCAAAGGGAGGCGGGGAAGGAGAAGAAAGGUAUGUUUGAGCACGUAAUGUGCUGCGGUAGCACACACACACGACACGACACGCCACGACACGACACGCCACGACCCGCCCGCCCCGCCACGCCACCCCCCACCACGUCCCGCCGCGCCCCGCCGCGCCCCGCCGCGCCCCGCCGCGCCCCGCCGCGCCCCGCCGCGCCCCGCCCCGCCCCGCCACAUGAAUCGAGGUCGUUUCGUCUCCAACCUGGCGAUUACAGACGCGACGGGGACAGAUACGCUUGCUGUCGAUGCGACAAGAAGUACGACAAAAUGUGCUCGCUGAGAUUUCACAUCAAGACCAAACACUACAAAAUACCGAGGUUCACAUGCCCGUACUGUAUGAAGGGCUUCAUGACCCACGCCCCAUUCACGAUACACAAGCUCGAAGACCACAAUAUAGACGAGAGGUACUACUGCAAAGCUUGCAAAGGAACGUUUAACACGAAAAUCCAAUUGAGAAAACACAUAAAUAACUUCCACAUGCUCGGAGAGAGGUAUAAGUGUGAUCUUUGUGAUUACGAGUCGUUUAGCUUCGAGGGUAUGUACAAGCAUAAGUUUAAACACAAAACGUCGAAGGAUUACCACUGUAGGUUCUGUAGGAAAUCGUUCCUGAGGAAGACCACGCUAGACCUGCACGAGAGGAUUCAUACCGGGGACCGGAGAAAGGUCUGCAAGGUCUGCAGCCAAGCGUUUGUUCAAAAAGCUAGUCUCAACUAUCACAUGACGAAAUAUCAUCCGGAUGUCAACUUUUAGUUACUAUUUAUGUUAUGUCACGACUUCGAACAGGAAAAAGUGAUUUGAGAGGUGCUGUAAACCUUAAAUGCCUCAAGCCUAUAUUCAACUAGCAAUAUUCUCAUUGGUACGAUAAUGCCUUAAAAUAAAGUUAUGGCCUUUUAAUUUAAACCUUUAGCCUAUAGAUUUGUAGACACUGUAAACAGUCACAUUGCUCGGAUAAUUUUAGUUUUUGUUUAAAUAGAGGCGAACCCUGUAGGCACAGGAAAAUGGAAACGAUAAUAAAACAAUAGAAAAGUC